CCUCGCGAGACUUGAUGGCUGAGGCGCAGCGCGGCCGCCCUCGCUCCACCCCCGCCGCCAUUUGACAGCGGGGCGGGCAGCCGGGACUCAGCCGGCACCGCCGGUCAUGAAAAUGAGUUGCACAAUUGAGAAAGCCUUAGCAGAUGCCAAAGCACUGGUGGAACGGCUGCGGGAACACGACAACGCUGCAGAAGCUCUUAUUGAACAGACUACAGCUCUUAAUAAACGGGUUGAAGCGAUGAAGCAGUACCAAGAGGAAAUUCAGGAGCUUAAUGAAGUAGCAAGACAUCGUCCUCGCUCUACGUUAGUGAUGGGUAUCCAACAGGAAAACAGACAGAUCAGGGAGUUACAGCAGGAGAAUAAAGAACUGCGAACAUCUCUUGAAGAACAUCAGUCUGCUUUGGAACUCAUAAUGAGCAAGUACAGAGAACAGAUGUUUAGGUUGCUUAUGGCAAGCAAGAAGGAUGAUCCAAGUAUAAUAAUGAAAUUAAAAGAGCAACAUUCCAAGGAACUACAAGUGCACGUGGACCAAAUUACAGAAAUGGCAGCGGUAAUGAGGAAAGCCAUUGAAAUUGAUGACAAGCAUGGCUGUAAAGAGCAGGAACGUAUCAUUCAGCUUGAAUCUUUCAGUACUUUAGGGUUUAGGAAUAGCCAGCUUCCCGUGCAUCUGCUGCCAGUACUCAAAGCCAGCAUUAAGAUAGCUGCGUGCUAUCUUCAUGGAGCUGGACUGUUUCAGCAAGAAAACAAAGGCUUGAGAGAAAUUCUUCAGAUAACCAGAGAAUCAUUCCUGAACCUUAAGAAAGAAGAUGCAUCAGAGAGUACAUCCCUUUCAGGGUUAGUAACAAGCAGUGAUUUGAGCCUGAGGAAGAGCUGAAGACUGUGGAAGCCAACCAGCUUUAAUUGCACACUUUACAAACGGAAUAUCAGGGGUCACUUGUCAAGCACUUGUUACUGAAUAGGGCACCAGCAGGCUUAUGCAUCUUGAACUUUGGUUUAGUGGCUUUUAUACCGUGUAAAAUAAACUCCAGUCGGUACUCUCUGAAUACCGUAGUGACAGAUUAAUUGCCAUAGGUCUAACUUCAGUAGGAAAUGGGUUAGUGCACUUAUGGAAUUGGGAAUUAUUUUUAUAUGAAGUCAUUUUACAAAUAAAAUACAUAAUUUCACUUAAUUUAUAUAAUUUAUUGCUCGGACAAAACUUCAGUGCACCUAUUAUACAAUAAAUGCAAGAUUUAAAGUAGUCUGAUAUCUGGCUAAAAGAUAGCGACUGACUACGCUUUGUGCAUGCUCCAUAGUUCAUUUGUCCUUUUAGUUACUAAGGUUUGUGAAAUUCAGCAUUUAGCAACGAGCCUCUUUAAUGGAAAGAGCCAGCAGAAAGCCGACGGGCUCCUGUUAGCCGCAGGCUGCCCUGUUGCAAUGUAAGGCCAGUUGCUCAAACAUAAGCAAUACUUUUGCAGUUGUUUUUACCUUAUGAGAGAAAAUGAAGCUCAGUUCUCUGUGGGUGGCAGGCUGCCGUAGUCUCAUCUGUUUCUUUGGGGAUUGGCUGCCCAAAGCUAGAAACAGCAAUUUGAAAGCACUCAGACCGUACUGAGGGAAAGAUAAUUGGGAGAAAGAGGUGAGAAAUUCUAUGGCAAAGUUAGCAGACUGUGCACCUGGAACUAUUAUUUUCUUUCUUUAAGUACUAUUUAGUCAAGGAGUUUUGUGUAUUUUCACUGGGAGCUCUCAAUACAUCACACUGACAAGACUGCUCACUUUUAUUAGUGAAAAAGCUGCAGAGGUGAAAAUGAAUUAGCGCUUCUAGAACAAGAAGUAGCUUGCACGGUUUGCCUGUACACCAGAAGUGCUUCGUAAGAUGUGUUUGCCAUGAAAGAGGCGCCGCAAUGAUUGACAGCUGGCUUUUGUCAGACCGCUUCUGCUCAUUGUUCAGAGCGCUAAGGCUGCUGCUAAGCGAGUUACCACAUUUUGUUCAGCGUGUUACUAUAGUCUUUACUUGGAACGCACACUUGAAGUACAGUAAAAGCUUUCAGUCACAGAAGGCUGCAGAUGUACAACCGGUAUCGGGGCUGUUUACUAACUUACUUACCUCGCACAAUGAGUUGAAGUACUCUGCAAUCAGUUACCAUUUAAACAAGUUUCAUUUUCAGUUGCAACAAUGCAGGCGGGAUGGAGCAUUAAGCGCUAUCAAAUGCGGCUGUUUUAAAAACAAUAUUAAGUAAAACCUCCAUAGACUCGAAGGUACAUGCAACAAAAGGUCUACAAUGGAACUUAAGAUUCCCAGUGGAUGGGCCGAUUUACAGGGAGCUUAAUGUGAUCUCAAGCCCAAAUGACACCUGCUGUGAUCUAAACGUUACCCAUGCUUACAUAACAGCUUUUUGCAUUUCUGCUGUAGCUUGCAAGCCGGUGACUUAGCAGCAGCGACAUCUAUUGUACCGCAGUGUGUUUUGGCACUGCCAGCUGGGAAGAAAUUCUGGCUUCAGGUUUUUCUCCAAGUGUCUUUUCAGCUGUUGGCUGGUAUCAGAGACAUUCGCAUCCGUUUGAUACUGAAUGCAGCUCCACGGCUGACCUGCACUGUCUCAAAUACAGUCUGCAGAGGGUGUAGCAGAGAAGGGUUGUUAGACUGUGGCAGUUCUUUAAGGUUGCUCUAUUAUGAAAUAAUGCUUGAUUAGUGUUUAUUUUUGUAAAUUAAGAUAUGUGACUUAAUUUAUCUACUCUUAGUCUUCACGUUUGAUACGUCUCCCCUUCUGUUCCCCUGACCCGAUCACUUUAGGACUUUAAAGAGCCUUCACGUUGUGUGGAGUGACUAUUUUUCAUUGCAUACCUGUUAUUUUUGUAAUGCGGAUAGCUUGAAAAGAAUUUAUGGCUAGAAUUGUGUACUGUACAGUAAACUUAUUUUAUCAAUAAAGUUGACUGAAAAUAGG